AGCUUGGUGGAUGGGCGUAGUGCUGUGGAAGCCGGUUGGAUCUUCCCUGACCUCAGAUUCCGUUGGUUGGAUUCAGAUCGAACGUUACCUAUUGGUUUAGACCACAGAGAUGGGAGACACACAGUAGCUCAAAAAGAAGCGCAGGCCAGUGAAUGAUAGGAGUUUUUCCAGCUGGCUACCGGGAAGUGGAGUUACAUGGAAGGUAGUGAUGCUUCGUCUACCUCCAUGCUACCGAUGCGUUCUCCUCACUGGCACUUGGUUUCUCGGCCUGCAGUAGCCAGUGUACCCGGUGACAGUAGCGUGCCACCGUGGAGUGGCAGUGUCCUGGGCGUAUUGGCCUCCCUGUGGUCUUCUUCUUCCUUGGAGGAGCUGAAGUUAAGCUUGACAUGGAAGCAGGCCGCGGAUGCGUGGGUGCAGGUCAGGGCCAACGUGGUGGCGCCGGUGCUUCAGGUGGCGGUGGCGCUGUGCAUGCUCAUGUCGGUGAUGCUCGUCUCGGAGAAGAUCUUGAUGGGCGCUACCAGCCUCUUCGCCAAGGUGUUCCGGUGGAGGCCGCAGAGGAGGUACAAGUACCAUCCCCUGGGGGAGGACAUGGAGGUGGGUUAUCCCAUGGUGCUUGUGCAACUCCCCAUGUACAAUGAGAAGCAGGUUUACAAGCUUUCUAUUGGGGCUGCCUGCGGGCUCUUGUGGCCAUCGGAUCGCAUCAUCAUCCAAGUGCUGGACGAUUCUACAGAUCCAGAGAUCAAGAAUUUAGUAGAGCUAGAGUGCAAGACAUGGAAAGGCAAAGGGUUCAACAUAAAGUAUGAGAUAAGGGACAACAGACAUGGAUAUAAAGCAGGUGCUUUGAAAGAAGGGAUGAAGCACAGUUAUGUGGGUCACUGUGACUUCGUUGCCAUCUUUGAUGCUGAUUUUCAACCUGAAGCAGAUUUCUUGAUGCAAACGGUUCCUUUUCUCAUUCACAAUCCAGAUAUUUGUCUCGUACAAACACGAUGGAAAUUUGUGAACUCCAAUGAGUGUAUGAUGACAAGAAUACAGGAGAUGUCAAUGGACUACCAUUUUAAGGUUGAACAAGAAUCGGGUUCAACAAUGCACUCCUUCUUUGGCUUCAAUGGAACUGCUGGUGUUUGGAGAAUAUCAGCUCUUGAGGAAGCAGGAGGUUGGAAAGAUCGAACAACCGUAGAAGAUAUGGAUUUAGCAGUACGAGCAACUCUUUGUGGUUGGAAAUUUGUCUAUUUAGGCAAUGUUAAGGUGAAAAGUGAAUUGCCAAGUACACUGAAGGCAUUACGUAGUCAGCAAUUUCGAUGGUCUUGUGGUCCAGCAAAUUUGUUUAGGAAGAUCCACAAAGAGAUACUAAAGACAAAGAAAGUAUCACCAAGGAAGAAAAUCUAUCUAAUAUACAGCUUUUUCAUCGUUCGGCGGAUUAUAUCCCAUACCGUGACAUUUAUGUUCUACUGUGUCGUCAUACCAUCUUCAGUUUUUGUACCCGAGGUCAAAGUUUCUACAUGGGGUGUGGUCUACAUCCCCACAACUAUUACCAUCUUGAAUUCAGUUGGAACUCCAAGCUCAUUUCAUCUAUUAUUAUUCUGGAUCUUCUUCGAGAACGUCAUGUCAAUGCAUCGAAUGAGAGCUGUGUGGACCGGCCUGCUUGAGACGGGUAAAGUGAAUGAAUGGGUAGUCACCAAGAAACUAGGAAGCAAAUUGAAUGAACAGAAAACAGAGGAACCUCUCAAGCAAACUCGAUUGAGCAUCUCCGGAAGGAUUCUUCUUCCUGAGCUUGGCAUGGCACUGUAUCUCUUCGUAUGUGCAUGUUACGACCUGAGGUAUGGCAAGAACAACUACUUCUUUUACAUCUACCCACAGGCCAUUACAUUCUUCAUUGUGGGUAUUGGUUAUGUUGGGACUCUUGUUCCCAGCUAACCUGUUAUUCUUCUUGACAUAAUUCAACAGCAAACAUUUAAAUGGGGCGCAUUUGUUAACUAGCCUCUUGUUACUGAAACAUGAAGGUAGAGGUUUUCUACAUUA